CAUUACAUGGUGAGUUUACGUUUAACGUCUCAGUAUAACGGUUUAUUAAUUUUUUCUAAUCGGUUUAUUCGUUAAAGAAUUUCGUUUAGAAAAGGACAUUUUAUAUAAUCAUCAAAAUAUGAAGUUCUGCAGUCUUUCUACACUUGGUGUCAUCGUUGGUGGAAUAAAUGUUGUGGGUUAUUUUGCUGGUAUAAAUUAUUUAAUCUAUUCUAUGGUGGAAACAAAUUCGCUAUUAAAGAAAUAUGAGCAAACUAAAUCAGAUGCGACAUAUUUUAAUGUAAUAUUUGCUCUAUUAAUAUUAUUUUGUUUGGCAAUGUUUACCAUAUCUGGUCUACUUGUAAUGGGUAUUAUAAAGAGACGUCAUAAAUUGAUGACUCCUUGGUUGUUACUUAGUGCCAUUGGCUUCGUUAUAAAUUCAUUACGUUUUACAUAUCAAGUAAUUGUUUCCAUGGCCCAGGGAGUUGGUGCUGGUACAGUUGUAUCGAUAUUUUUUUCUGGUUUAUUAGGGCUUGGAUUAUCUGCUUUGAUAAUUUGGCUUAUUUAUACUUUGUAUAAGGCUAUAGAAAAGGAGAAUGUUUUAAAGCCCAUACAAGUUAAUUAUCAGACUGCUGCACAUGGGUACUAAAUACCUUCAGCAAUUAAAGAUACAACUUAUCUAGAACUUAUAUUUGUAUUGAAUAUGAACAAUUGCGACUGUUAUUUGGGUAAAGAAAUUGUUUAUAUUUUUUAUUAAAGAUUAUUUUCCGCACUUGUCCCCAACUUAUUUCUUACUGUAUACUCAAAUAAUACUGAAUUAUAAUAAAAAAAUUCAAGUUUUCUAUA